AGAAGGCGGUAGUGUUGCGCUCGAUGUUGGUCGAGGUGGAGUUGCAGCGGCCGCGCGCUCCGGGUCCGGGAUGGCGACGCUGCUCCUCAACCAGGACAUCAACUCUACCGUCUCAGAAACAAAGACACACUCCUUAAGUCAAGCAUUCUCCUGGAUCAUUGACUGGACCUGGAAAAAGCUUCCAAAUCCAUUAAUUGUUGGAAUAGCAGCAAUUGUGUUAAGUUCAUGGUUUGUCAGAGCACCUUACAAAUGGAUAGUAUAUCUUCUAAAAUGGCCCUUAAGGAUAAGAGGCAAAAGAAACAUUUCUGUUGGUCCACUAAUGGAUAUCUUAGAAUAUGCAAACAUCGAAUGGAAAGGAGAUACCAAGCAAGCUGAGAAGCUGAGAAUGGCUUACGAAGAUAUUUAUUUGCUGCACCACAUUAAACACAUGCGAAGAAUCAGAGGAGAUAACUACUGUGCUCUGAGGGCGGUAUUGUUCCAGAUUUUCAGCCUGGGUAUACCUCUUCCAUCGUGGAUGAAGGAACAGGACAUAACCAAGUUACCAGAAAAAAUAUUUAUGCAUGGCUGCAACUGGGUGCAACAAUACAACUUUGGUCCUGAGAGAUAUACUGGGAACAAUGUUUUUGGAAAACUUCGCAAGUGUUUGGAACUCUUACAAGUGCAGUGGAUGAACUUUCAUGGAAUUAAAGAUCAGGAGAAAAGAACAGCUAUGUGUAUAAAAUUAUUCAGUAAGCAAGAGAAUGAAUACAAGAUGUAUGAAGCCAUGAAAUUUCUGAUGUUGUACACGGUGUUUGAAUUCCAUGAGGGUUUAAAAGAUGGAGAAGAUGUUCCUGGCUUUUGUGCUAUUUUCUUUGCCCGAGAUUCCUCGCCAGAUCCUUUGAGUUUUAUGAUGAACCAUCUCAACCAGGUUGGUGACACAGGUGGAUUGGAGCAGAUUGAAAUGUUUCUCCUUGGAUGCACAUUUCAAUUGAAGAUCAGAACCUUCAGACUCUACAAACAUGGUUCUGAAGAAUAUGUGACGUGUUAUCCUCAGGACUGCCAGAGGGAAUGGCAUGAAAUUCUUAUUCUGACUGAAGACGACAGGCAUUAUAAUAUCCCCAUUACCUGCGAAUGAUUACAUUAUCAAGACUCUGUGGAGGCAUUGACUGAAUUUAAAAUUAUAUGGGUUUAUAUUGACUUAACAUGUUUGUGCUGAUUGUUAUGUGCAAACUUUGUAGCAACAAAAUCUUUUACUUUUUUUGAAAAUCUAUUGAUCAUAUAAUUUGAUAUUUCCAACAUGUUGCAAACCUAAACCUUUCCUGAAGACACACAUUUUGGUUUAAACGAGAAACAUUUACAUUAGGAAACAAAAAGUAAAACCCACAAAAUAAUAUUAUAUAAAUAAUUAAUUGAUCGAUGUUUCUUUUCUUUCUCUUUUUUUUGGUAUCUGUAACCAUUCGUCCACUCCAUUUCCUACGCAGCACUGCAUUUUAAAUAUAUGAAUGUACCCAAUGUGCCACUUUUACUGAAUUAAUUUAUAGUUAGUCAACAAGGAAUGUUAUUUUUGAAGGAGUAAACGGAUGUAGAGAGAGGGCACAUGUGAAAGAGGAACAAAUUCUGGGAUACACGUUAUCUCUGAUCACCCAAAAAAUAAUCUGUUCAUUGCUCCUAAAGGCAGACUCAAGCACUCACAGGUGGUGCUUUGAGAGACUCAAUUAACCUGACUAUCUCUGUGGAUGUUUAAUAACUGCUCCUCUUGUAAAAAUGUGCUAUUAAGUGAAAACCAAUAAAUAAAUUCAAACUGUACUAAGGGCAACUUGUAGGGUGAAUAAAGAGUUCCACAUUAACUUAAAUAAAACAAAGAAGCCUCAAUGAAAAUGUUAUUUCACCAGGAGUUAUUAGUCAUAGGCUCAUGGACCUAUACAACAUAGAAAUUGGCCUGGUGGCCCAACUCAUCAAUGCUGACCAAGCUACCAUACUAGGCUAGUUCCAUUUGGCCCAGAUCCCUCUAACCCCUAUCCAUAUAUUUGUCAACAUGUCUUUUGAAUAAUCUGAGUCUAAUACCAAAUUCCAGUGGAAUUUAGGGCUCCCUACCUCAGGAUACUGGCAAGAUAUAUUGCAGUGGGAGUUGGAAGGAUAGAUAAAUUAUUUUGCUAGUGCCUCCCAUCCCCUCAACUGAUCUGCACCUCACACCAUGUGUGGCUAAGUACGAUUUUGAAGGGCUGUUAUCGAUGAACAGCAACCUGAUGUUUUGAAUUGGAAUUAGUGGGGAUUUGGGGAAUUUGAGUGGCUAAAAACAUAACUAGUGUAAAGCAUGUGAUUCUAGUUGUUGGAGGCCAAUCAUCUCAACUGCCAGACAUUAUCUUCAUCAGGGUAGUGAUUUCCACCCAACUAUUUUAAACCACUUCCCUCCAUUGAAAGGUCAUAUGUGGAUUGUUCACUGAUGAUUGUGCAGCAUUAAGCUCCAUUCAUGAUUAAUUAGAUAAUAAGGUGUUUAUGUCCACAUGCAGUGUGGUCUGGGUAAUGUCCAGGCUAGGAUUCAAUGGUGGGCAAGUGAUAUUCACAUCACACAAAUAUCAGGCAUUGGGAGGAGAGCGCCUUUGCAUUUCUUGUAAGAAUCCAUAAUAUUAUCAGGGCUAACUCCCUUACUCACUAAUUUAAUCGUAGCAGUUGCACGACAUUGCAACUGCAAUGGAGUCCACAUCACGUGCCAGUAAAAUGGUUUCUGCUUGUUGAUACAAGGAAACAUUUAAUUUCUACCAGUAAACUGGGGAGGGCUUUUUGCCACCUGGAUUUCAUUGCUUCAAAUUUCUUCUUAAAAUCUAUCCAACUCCUUUUAUUAACAAAAAUAUAAAAAUAAUUUGGCUGAAUAAAUUAUUCAAUGUUAUUCAAUUAUUUUUGAGGAAGGUAAUUGAGUGAUGAAUGGUGUCCUUUGUUGUAUAUGAGAAAGAGCAUAAAAAUGUGGAAGUCUUGCUGAGAUUGGCCUAGGUCCUGGUGAGAUCCCAAGAAGAGAAUAUUGUUUAAUUGUAGUCUCUGUUCCUGAAGUAGAAUUGAUCUGUUUCAAAGUUUGUAUGACAUUGAUACACUAAAUUGAUUCCUGGGAAAUGUGCUUCUCCUUAGAGGAGACAAUGAUUGAGACGGACCAGUUCUCACGAGAGUUUGAGAAUCAACACCUUCUCCAUUGAUAGUGGAGAAGAUGGGGAUUGUUUGCUUCAGCUGCAGAGUGUAGUAUUAGGAAAACAUGUUACCUAUAGAGCACCAAGACAUGAAGAAAUAUGUUCUUGUUGAUUGUUCUAACUGUUUAGAAUUCUCUGUCUCAGAGAGUUAUGUAUAUGCUUUGUGAGUAAAUGCGAAGCUGAAAUGUAUAUAUUUUUGAACACGAAUGUGUUAAGAGGCUGUGGGGAUGGAGUAACAAGUUGACUCGAGGGAUGAGGGCAAAUAUAAUCUUAUUAGAUGAUGAAUGAGGUUCCAGAUGAUGGAUGCCCUCCUCCUGCUCCUUGUGUCAGGACACAAGAAGAACUCGUGUUGUGUCCAAAAAGUGCUACGGUCAUGCAUUGGAUGUUCUAAGUUUAGCAAAUCUUCAAUUGAUGGACUUCCCGUAAUGCAGCACUAAUAAUCAGUCCAGAUUAUUAACGGAAUCUCUCAUGGGAAUGUGUGUGAGGGAAUGAGAUAAAGGCUGAUGCUUUUGUUGAAGUGAGACACUUCAAAAUUAUUUUAUUAGCUGUAAAUUGCCGCCUUAUAAAAUUCAGAGAUUGUAAUAAGUGACAGCUUUUCCCUUUUUCUCUAUUAUGCUAAUGGUUGAUGCAUUUGGGAUUAUGUUUAUAUUCCUCUUCAGCCUGUCCUCCCUGACAGCAUCCAAGGAGUCUAACCAGUUUAUAUAACAUUAUAUAUUAGCUUGAAUUUUUGCAUGCUACUAUAGUACCAUAGCAGGUGUCCUGAUUAAUAUCAGUGCAAUACUCAACUGUAACCAGACUUCUUUGCAUUGUAUUAGCAAUGGGUAAAUCUUGAUGAUUUAUGUUUGGUUUACAGGUGCACAUUUUAGUCGGAGAUUAAAUGCUUUAUACAAUAUAUGAAACAUUUAGGUAAAAGUAGUCGUUGGAUGCUUUCAGUAAUUUACAAAUUAUGAAUAAAAAGGCAGCUUUCACUUGCUUCAAAAUAAUUAGAUGCCUCAUGAUAAAACAGUUAUUUUCUAUUGUCUCCUAUGUCAGAUGGUGAAGAAAUGUACUUUUUUUAUUUCCCUUGGUUACAAAAAUCUGUACAACUGCCAAGCAUAAAAUAAGCAUUUAAUUGUUUUAUGUUGCCUUAUAUUUAAUAAAUUGGGAAAGGUUAUACAUUCCAUGAUCAGUAAUUUUAAUUAUUUUUGUGCUACAGAUUAUAAAAAUAUGUAAUGUUUGGAAUAAAGGAUUCCAUAGUGUCCUUAUGGUGUCUUUAAAAUCCUUAAAAUAUACUGAGAUGUUUGUACAUAUUCUGUGGCACUAAACUACUGACAAAGCCAGGUCUUAUAAACAGGGUGUAUAACAUUCCAGUGGUAAUAAGAUAAUACCGUACUCGAGCUCAGUUACUCAUUUAAAAGCCUUCUCAAAGAUAACAAACCGUUUGUAAAACAAACCAUUUAGAGUAAAAAUAAAACUGACCUUUUUGCUGUGGUAAAUAUUAAGAUAAAAGCAUUUGAGAGAAGGGCAAUCAGUAUCUAGUACACAAUUUUCUAUGUAUAGUAGAUAAUCAAAUCAAUUUGAUUUUAAAUGUGUGCAUUUAUUCUGGCAACAAAUGUAUUAUAAACUCUACUUGUUGUCAUUUAUCAUGAUUUGUGUCAUUCAGCUAGGGGUGCUAAUACAGAGCCAAAUUAUGUCAUUGUUUUAUAAAUAUGGAUUUAAAAUUGUGUUCAGUUUUUAUAUAGAGAGUAUAAAUCAUAUUUUUGAAAUUAACAUUAAAUUUGAAAUUAAAUUGGUUUUGAGCAAUAAAGUAUUUUGUUUAAAUCA